GUGUGUGAGUCUCUCGAACACACCGCAGACAGACGGACAGACAGACAGACAGACAGGAGGAAACCGGACACACUGCUACCUGAAAGCAGCCAUGGUGAAGAUCCGAACCCUAAACGAGCUUUCCCAGCUCCGCGACUCGGAUUUUAACCAGCCGAGUCCUCGACACGGAGUCGAGCUCUUGUACUGGCUCAGCCAUGUCGACCAGCUCGACCCUACAAAUGGAGAUUUCGGGUUUCACAAGUUCCUCAACAGGAUUGAUGAUGAUGAGGACAAACUCCUGCCUGACCAGAACCUUCCAUAUUAUGAGGUGGGAAAUCUGAAUGAACCAAGAGCUGAUGAACUGCCCUGCUAUGUGAGACCACAGAACCGGCACUAUUCCAAUGACGGUAACAAGGAUCGCAUCAUCGUGCGUCUGAAUCAAGGCGGCAUCGACCGGGUGUACGUGACCGAACACGCGGAUCAGAAGAAUUUCAGCCACAGCCGCACCUACCGAGUCAGUCAGGGUCUCCUCAAUCAGAUCAGAGGGAUGGAGAGAGACGGGUUCCUGAAGAGAAUGCAGCAGAAGCAGCAGUAUCGGGUUAUUAAUCAGAGUAGCAACAUUAAUUACAGUUACAAUGAACAGAACAGUAGAAACACUAAUGACCAGCAGCGUGAUGACUCCGGGUCCUGGUGCACAAUUCUGUAAAUAAUAGAGUUCAAUUCGAUUCUAAUCUUUAAUGAGCACCAUACAGAAGAGAGCAUAGAGCUUUAUUCAGCAGCUGUAUGUCUACAGAAUCCAUCUCUCUCUUUCUCUCUCUCUCUCUCUCUCACUCUCACACACACACUCUGUAUUGUACUGAUGUGUAUUUGAUCAAAUUUACUCUCAUGGUUUUUAUUAAAAUGUUUCCAUUAGUUUAUUGACUUAUUGGUUAUAGUUGUAGUUUUUGUUCUUUGGAAUUGAAAUAAAUCUGUUCAUCCCGUU